AAAUUUCUGGACGUGAACAGAGAAGUGAACAAAGAUGAUUCUGGUGUUAGUCCUGGUUGCGUCCAUGUCAUACUGUAAUGGCGUUGGUGCACAAGUGUUGCAAGGUGGAAAUUCUCAUAUUGGCCUACUCAACAACAGAUAUCCAAUAGAUCGGUCAAGAUAUCCAAUAAACCGACCCGGAUAUCCAAUAGACCGACCCGGAUAUCCAAUUAACCGACCAGGAUAUCCAAUACAUAGACCUGGAUUUCCUAAUUACCGGCCGGGAUUUGGAAUAACUUCAAUGCCAUUCACGACGACUACAGCACCACCAGCAAGCAUGCCUAUAAGUGACGAGGAUGACUACUUAGCUGCCGAAAUCGGUGUCAGACUACCACCAAACGAGUGCGUCAUCUCAAAUGAUCAGUUUUUACAGCAUGUUGUCGGUAUGGACUGGAUCGCUCCUUAUGUUAUUGACAACGAUUCUCCAUUAAAUCCAGGAAUAUCUUACAAAUUUAAUGCCCUCUUUGGACAGAAAUAAAACUCUACAUUU